AUGUCUCAAAAAAUUUCAAGGUUAAACUAUCAAAUCAGUAUAACUAAUUCUUCUGAAUUAAAAGAAAAAUUUUUCAGUCCUAAUUUUUGUUCAAAUAAUAAUUUAUAUUGGAAAUUAUGUGUUAAACCAACGGCUGACGAAGAAUCUUAUGGCGUAUUUAUUAUUCCGGUUCCAGGUCCAGAUGAAAUCAACUGGAGAAAUCGUUCAAAAUUAUUUAUAAAAUUAUAUGCAAAAGAAAUCAGUGGUCAAACAUAUAAUCUCUAUAACAAUGCAUUUCAUGUCCCAGCUGAUACAAGUAUCACGAAAGCUUAUGGAUGCGCAGAAGCAUUUGAAAAAUCAUCAUUACGAAAUGGAAUAUUGCUCAUUGGCGUGACAUUUGAAAAUUUUGAAAAUGAAGGGCUUACUCAUUAUAAUAACAAUAAUGAUGAUAACGUUCCACUCGAUUAUCUUCCAAAAAACCUUGUAAAUGCAUGGAAAGAUCAUUUAUAUAAUUUUCAACCAGUUGAUAUAGAAUUUAUUGUGAAAGACAAGACUUUUUAUGCUUGUAGCUCGAUAAUUUCUAAAAGAUCCAGUUAUUUUGCAAAUGUUUUAUCUGGUAACUGGGCUGAAUCAACCAAUAAUAAUAUUAAAAUUGAAACUGAUGAGAUUUUGUUACCAUUAUCUGAUAAUGUUUUAUCAACUAAGAUUGAGAAAUCAAAUUAUCAAAUUAAACAUCGAAUCGAAAUAACGGAUUUUACACCUGAUAUAUUUGCAAUAAUGUUAGAAUAUCUUUACACGAAUCAAAUUAAUUGGAUUAACAAAGAUGACAAAUCUAUUACUAUAGGAUUAUUCUGUUUAGCAGAUAGAUAUCUUUUAUCAGAUCUUCGUGAACGAGCAAAAAUGAGAAUCUUUAGCGAAUUAAAUCUUACUAAUGUAUCGGAAAUUAUGUUUGGUUUGGUUCCAAAAUACGAAGAUUUAAAAGAUCCUAUUUUACAUUUUAUGAUUAAAAAUUUCGAACAAAUUAGUGAAACUCAAGGAUUUAAAAAUAUUUUAUCAAAAUCAUCUGAUUAUUAUAAAUUUAAUGAUAUAAUGUCGGAAUUAUUAUCCGAAUAUUUCAAAUUUCAAAAAGGUUCAAAUCGUAAAACUAAUAAUGUUAAAGUUCAGUCAGAGUUAAAUAUUUAA